GCAGGUACCUGGCUCUUGCACCUGUUUCUGCAGCACCUGACAUGCAUCUGCUGCCCCUGUGGUCGCUCCUGCCCCAGCCCACCUCUCCACUCAGCUCUCCUGCGUUCUGGGCUCCAAGCCUUGCCUGACAACCUCAGAGACACUCCUGCCUCCCCUAUUCUCACUCUCCUGUCCUCACCCCCUCCCUGGGAAAGGUCUCCACCAGAGAAGUCUGGAUUAACAGGUCUCCUUUGAGCAUUCUGCCCCGGGGAAUCAUGGCAGACGUUGGCUGGUGGAAGCUGACCUUUUUGCGCAAAAAAAAGUCAACUCCCAAGGUGUUGUAUGAGAGCCCAGACACUUAUGCCCACCUAGACGGAGGUACUGAGCCCACCCGACCUGACGGAGAAAGUCCUAACAGUGACUUUAAUGCCCGGCUAGAGAAAAUUGUGGACAAGAACACCAAGGGCAAACAUGUCAAGGUUUCCAAUUCUGGCCGAUUUAAGGAGAAGAAGAAGGUUCGAGCCACUCUGGCAGAAAACCCUAGCCUCUUUGAUGAUGGAGAUGGGAAAGGACAGUGAAGAGUGAGAAGGGGGAUGCUAGGUACCUCCCUCUUUCCUACCAUCAGCUGGAUUCUGAAAAGGAAAACUGACACUCCAGCCUCUCUGCCUACAGCCCAGGCUUUGCAGGGUGUCCUCUGUUGGCCUCCAUGCCUGUGGGCAAGGAAAUGUCUCUAUUAUUUAUAGACGCACAACUCUAUACUAGGCAAAGGUUGGCCCGGGAGGACUGGGCCUGUCCUCACCCCCACAUGUAGGGUCCUCCUCAGUUCAAGGAUUGUCUCUGGAAAGAAAGAGAGGGUCAAUCCUCAUUAUAGUUUUAGGCAGUGCCUGCCGGGAGGGAGGGAUGGGUGAAGGUGAAGUGCCGUGAAGUGCCAUUCCUAUUCCACAGAAACAAGGAUCAGGGUCAAGUUUGAAUUGCUGCUCCCUCCUCCACUUUCACCCAAAGCCUUUUUCCUGUGGGAAUUUUUUCUACAUGGAGUGAAGAUGUAGUCUCUUCUCCAGCAUUCAAGGCAGUAGAAUUUCAACCCUUUACUUCACCUCCUUUUGCACUUUCUGGAACUUUGCCUUAAAAUGUAGCCAGAAGAGGGUCUCUUAACUUUCCAUUUAAGACCCCAAAGAGACAGAUUGGUAAAUAUAAGUUCCUGCCAGAGAUACUGUCUUCUAGGUAUGUUGAGAAACAGUGACAAAGGGGGAGCUACACAGCUCCAAAAGAUUCCUGCUCAGGGAAACGAAGAUGCUCCCACCCAUCAACUCUCCCUACCAGAAUAUGUAGCCCCCGAAUGACAUCUUGGGCCUUGAAUUUUUUGUUUUUAUAGUUUGGUCAUAAAUUUCUUUUUGGUAAUAAACAUGCCUUGAAACUUGAAAA